UAUUGAUACCUUUAAUAAAUUAGACUGUUUGUUUUGGUAUGUUUUUAAUUUUAAGAAACUAGAAUUUUUCUUAUAGUCAUUUUCUAUACUGCAAUAUACUAAAAGUCAUUUUUUUUUAAAUAAGUAAUCAUUUUGAUGUGAAAUGAAAAUAUCAUAAUUUAAUAUUUAAAUAGAUACCUAUUUUAAACAUGUAUUAACAUUUGAUUUAAAUUAUUUGCUAAAUGUGAAUACCUAUUAGCACAAUAUUUUUUAUAUAACAUACUAAAAUGUCGCAAGGUUAUACAGAAGAUUAUAAAAUGAAAAAAUCUCCAAUUAAAAAGGUAAAAGAUGAUCGUAAACAAUUUGGUUCCAAACGAUUACCAAUAGUUCUAGCUAAACGUGAUGGAUCUAUUGAACGAAUUCAAGAGUCUGAAAAAUGUCAUUCUCAACCAACAAUACUAAUUAAACCUCGAGAUACAGAAAAUAGAUCUCUAUCACCUACUCAGAAGUGUAUUCCUCAAACCAUUACUAAAAAGGAAGAACCUUAUCAGCCAUGCUUACAAAAAUCAGGAAAUGAAGAACAAGUACAACCUCAGACUGAAAUGAAAGCUCCAGUUAAAGUUAUUGAUGAUUAUAUGCAAUUUAUCAAUGAAGGUUUAACUAAUUGUUUACUUGACCAAACGGAUUUCUUAGUUAUUGGCUGUCUAGGACUACAAGGUGUUGGAAAAUCUACACUUAUGUCUGAUAUUGCAAACAAGCCAAAUUUGUUUACAACUUCCACCUCUGAAUAUCUAGAAACGACACAAAACUGUACCGCUGGUAUUGAUGCUUAUAUAACUAAAAAUAGAAUCAUUUUAUUGGAUUGUCAACCUAUAUUAUCAUCAUCCAUUGCCUAUUCAGCUAGCCACAAGCGAAUGGGUCAAUCAAUAGAUCCGUCAGGCUUACUGGUUGAUAAUGAAAUGAUUUCCUUGCAGUUGACUGCGUUUUUAUUAUCAGUUUGUCAUAUAGUGUUAUUAGUGCAAGAUUGGUUUUUUGAUCCCAAUAUAUUUAAAAUAUUGCAAACAGCAGAAAUGUUAAAACCGGCAAUGCCUACUUCACAUCGCAAUGAGGAAUUAGUAGAAUAUUUUCCUCAUAUAGUAUUUGUGCAAAACAAAUCAUUUUAUUCUGAUUUCAGUAUUGAGCAUAUUAAAACAGUGCAACAUGUUUAUACUCAAUUAUUUGCACGAUCUCGUCUACAUAUUCAAAGCGGAAUUAGUAUUGCAAAUGGCAAUGUUAUAAGUGAAUUAAACCAAUUUAACUGUGGUGAACCAAUUAAUUUAUUUGUAUUGGCUAACAGUGAAAAGGAUAAUAAUUCUGAAAAAAAUGGUUAUCAUAAAAUGCAUCCAGGACAACCAAUUUUAAUACGAGAAUUCAGAAAACAAUUACUAGGCUUACCGAUAUCACCUCUCACACACACCCAAUUAACAGAAAAAACAUGGUUUCACUAUUGUGCCAAAGUAUGGGAUUUAAUAAAAAAAAGUCAAUUCUUUAAUGAGUAUAAUAGAUUACAGACAUAAUUUUUCAUAGAGUUUAAUGUUUGUAAUUAAAAGAUGAACAUAAUUAAUUAUAAUGUAUGACCAAAAAAUGUAAUGAAUAUAAUUUUGUUAUACAAUAAAGUAUAAUUCUAGCUUGUUACAAA